GCCAUCAACAAUGACGAAACAGAUUAUGCGCAUGCUGGUAUCAUCGAAAUUGAUAGUGGAAAUAUGUGUGCUGAAUGGGAUAUUUAAGCGCGCCUAUCAAAUACGAGCACAAUAAAUCUUCGUCACGGGCCCAAAUUGACAUUUUACAGCCAAAAGCCAAAAACCAAAAACCAGAAACCAAAGCCACGCAGAGGACAAAGUAAGUUCCACUAGUCCGUAGUCCGUGUUCCAGCUGCUUUUUUGCUCCUGCGGCUGCCGCUGUUUCGAAAGCCACUGAUAUUGUUGUCAACAAUGAUGGCCCAAAGCAUCAGCCACAUGUGUGGAAGCCACAGCUCGUGAGUCCCUCCUCAAAGUGUCCUCGCACAUUGAUGGCAAAGCCAAACCUUUAUUGCCACAGCUCCGUGGAGCAACAGGACCAACAGCGAAAAUUUAAUAUCUGGCUGGGGCGUGGCUCCAUUGGAGCUGUUCCGUUGCCGCUGACGAUCAGAACUCAUCGCAUUAUCCCCUGGCCUGGUGGCGGUUACUCGCUCAAAGUAAUUGCACACUGCACCACUCGUAUGGGUACAGUUAAAUUAUUAUUACCAUUUCUCAACCGACAGUGGUGUACAUAAAUGUAACUACACACUAUACAAAUUUUGAACCUGGUGCACGUCACUUAGCAUAUACAAUUUUCACCAAAAAAAAUUUAUUUUUAUUUUUUUCAGUGUCUCUUUGGAGUCAUCCGUCAGUACCCUAAUGCAAAAAGCAUGAUAUCGCCGGGCAGCUGUCAACACAACAAGCCAGUUGCCGCAAAAGCACCAGUUUUGGUGCAAAAAUAAUCUAUCUGUAUGAAUCUAUCAUCAGAAGUAUUAAAUAGGUUAAAUGUACAACUGGUUUGUUUUGAAAAAUGAUAAGCUUUUUAAACCCAAAGUUAGGGUAAUGAAAUCGUAUUGAAGUUGAAUAUAGCAAAGCCAACUUUGUAGUCAUCAUUAAUCUUUAACUCACUGUAUAAUCAUGUCACCAGAGACUCGAAAUAUUUGAAUCAAUCAGAAACUUGGAAAACUUAUCCAGAUAUUGGCACUAAAAAAAUGGGUUGGGUGAACAUACUGAUAGUAAUGGCUCUGUCUUGGUUAGUGGUGGUUAAAGCUGAUCUCAAGGAAGACCACCUAGAAGAACAUAAUCGGUUGAGAAAGAAGCAUGGAAGUCCGCCACUCGAGUUGGACGACGAACUCACAAAGGGAUGCGAAGCAUAUGCCAAGGUACUAGCCGCUAAUGCAAAGCUAGAGCAUUCAAAGAGUGCCGGUAAAUACAGUGAAAACUUGUGCAUAAGGUCAGAAGAGCCUCUGCAAUGUGUUCAAGACUGGUACGACGAAAUCUCGGACUACGACUUUGAAAAGGGAGAGUUUGUCAUGACAACCGGCCAUUUCACCGCCCUCGUUUGGAAAAAUACGAACAAAAUGGGUGUGGGACAAGCCAAGGACUCAAAUGGUAACUACUGGGUGGUAGUAAGAUAUUAUCCACCAGGGAAUGUGAACGGUCAGUUCAAAGAAAAUGUUCUCCCACUGAUAGAUGAGGAAGGGGAUGGCCAAGAAGGCAAUUUUAACAUGGUUCAAGUUAACACCAUUAUCAUCUUUAUCAUGCUUUGGGUUUGCUACCACAGCACUAAUUAAGGUCAACAUUACUUUGGAAUUCUUUUGCCACACUGCUUGUAAAUUUGUAGUUUACCAAUUCAAAAAUCACAUAAUUAUGUAAAUUUAUAAUAAAAUUUGGAUUUUGAAGUAAAGUAA